GUUAACCACUUGUUGCGGCGUCUGUUGCUGCUUUGUUCUCAAGAGUUCAAGGAAAAUAUUUACAAAACACAGCUGAAAAAUAUGGAGGACUUUCACAAACGGUACACUAGAAUAUGUAGGGAACAACAUACGUACCCGUUAGAUGCUGUUUUAAAUCACAUUCGGCGUUAUUUGGAUAGCGGAUUGUCUGGCGAAGAGAUCGUGAAUGAUGCAGAGGAGAUGGCGAAGUUAGAUCUUUCUGGUUACAACCUAACACCAGACGAUUGUAACGCCUUAGCUACGGCACUUGCAGAUGAUCUAUUCUUUGAAGAGCUCAAUCUUUCCGACUGUUUGCUUAGUGAGGAAUCAAGCAAAAUACUUCUUCGCGGUUUGAUGGACAACCAAGCUAUCAAAAGAUUGAGUUUGAAAGGCAACAACAUUCGUUCGGGAGCUGCAGAAAUGUUAGGACAGUUUCUCAAGAAAAAUACCUGUGUUCGAAGCCUUCUUGUUGAAUGGAACGCGCUUGGUUUGUGGGACAGUGGAAUGAGGGCUAUUUGCGAGGGUCUGGCGAUAAAUCAAGUGUUGUUGUUCCUUGAUUUGAGAAACAAUCAGAUCACACAUGAAGGGGCUAAUCAUCUCGCUGUAGCAUUGAAAAGAAACCAUUGUUUAAGAGGCCUGGAUUUGAGAUGGAAUAACAUUGGUCUUCUUGGGGGAAGAGAGCUGCUGGAAGCCUUAAAAUAUAACAAAAGACUUGUAGGAUUAGAACUAACAGGUAAAAAUAAUAUACGUGCGAGGCUGCUGCCCAAAAAAUUUUUUUGGGAACCUUUCGGUCUGAUAACCUAAAAUAAAAAGUUAGCAGCCCGAGCCACAUUUCUAGGAGCCCAUUGUUCAAUAAAAUUUUAAUUAAAAAUAUAAGUAAGCAGAUGCUCGAAACUUGAUUCACGAGUCUCGAAACUCGAGUUGUUUGAGUUUCGGAUUUCCAGAAAAGUGCUUGUUUGCUUACUUUUAUCAGUGGAAAAUUUUUGCCUAAGGUCGAUGAAGACACAUUUAAUGUUUUCAUUUCAAAUUACAAAAUGAGCAGGGAAUUCUGUCAUUCGUUAAUGGGAAGUAGGCAUAGAGGCUAUUGCCAUAAGAAUCAUUUAGGCAUCCGUGCAGGCUCCUUGUUUAAAAUUUUAGUCGCCCGUGAGCAAAUUGAAGGAGCCUCUGGCAACCGGGCGCCAGUUAGGCAGCAACCAGGACAUGUACAGGGAAUUAUACACCACUCCCCUCUACCACCACCGGUAUUGGCAGCCAGGUGUCACUGUCAGCGUGCAAAGAAAGUUGUGUCCGAUAGCCCGGGGCCAGUGGAUUUUGCUAUCGGGCUAGUGACUUUUGUUCUUCACUUGCCCAACGGGCAAGGGCUGUUUUUGGGGGAAAUUCAAAUUACAGAAGGAUUGUAAUCAAUCCUGCUAAUCAAAAAGCCAGGUUUUGGGGCUAGUUGAAAUGAAUUGAGGGCUAGUACAUGCUAGCUACAACUUGUCCGAAUGGCAGGCUGUAAAACUGACUUUCUUUGCACCCUGCACUAUACAGUCAACCUCCGUUAUUACGGACACUAAGGGGGCCAUAGAAAGUGUCAGAAUUAAUGGGCUGUGCGUAUUAAGUGGGUCAUGUUAAAAACGCUCCUUUUAAUAUAACAAAAUACUAAAGAAAUGUAUUAACAGGACAUAAGCAUUGUCAAAUUUAUUACAGCACACAGUGUCCGCAUUAGCAAAGUUGACUUUCUAUGAGAAUCUGUUCAUUGGGCAUGAAACAAGUGUCCUUUGUCCACAUGAACUGGUGUCAGUAUUAAUCAGAGGUUGAAUUUAGAAAAAAUCUAUGGGCUUUGCACAAGGACACUGCAAACUAUCUGUAAUAAUUAAUGAGGUGUCUAUAUUAAGUGGGUGUCUGGUAAGAGCAUUUUGACUGUACCAUAUCUUUUAGCUGCAAUUUUUUCAGAAGGGAUAUUUGACAUUACUAGGAGACUGAACUCUGAGUUUUUACGUUGGUUUUUUUUCCACAGAAUAAGAUCAUUUUAUUCCCUUUGUAGCAAAAUUUAAUAAUUCAAAUAAUUUUACAGUAAGUCAUAGUUAACAUAAUGUCAAUUUUAUGACAUUAAUUUUAUCUUUUACAGGUAACAACAUUCCUCAUGAUAUUGUCAAUGCUUUGUCUGUUGCCAUUCAACAGAACAGUGACAGACAGGUAACAUUUGAGGAGCACAGGCAAAAGACUGAAGCUUUAACAAGAGAAUUAGAAAUGGCUCAGGAACGUAAACAACAAGAGGUAUGAAUCCAUCUGUUCAAGAUCAUUUUGCACAGAACAAUGAUAUCAUAAUAAUUAUGAUAUUAUUUUAUUUAUUAUUACCUGUUGUCUGGUUGAUUGUCGCCAAGAACAGUACUAUUUGUUCAUGAAAUCUACGACAAUGUUUCCACAACCUUGACUAAAGUUAUUGUCAGAGUCAAACACCGAUGAUAUUUGCAAAUGGUUUUCUUGUUGCUGUUGUUUUUAACUUUUUCUCAAACUCAUUAAUAACUGGUAAAGAAAAUUGAAAGGAAAUAAAUGUUUAAUAAGUGUUUGGAAAUCAGAUGAAAAACUGCUGAUUUUUGCAUCCUUAAUUUCUCCUGCUAAAAUCAUUUUGUUUGAGAAGUAAUAUCAAGCAUUUGACUCAGUGUUUCAUCACCAGAUGAAACACCUCGAAAAUUGUCAAAAAUACUUGCUGGCAUCGUAUUUUCAACUCUCUUCUUGGUGUUUGAUCUGGUGAUGAAACACGGCGUCUCAUGCUUGAUAUAUUACUUGAAAGUCUUUCACUAAGGAAAAUAAAAUUUAAUGUUUUCUUCCUAAUUGAAGUGGAGCACUUAAUGCUUUGUUUUUGGCAAGGAGACCUCAACAAACCACCAGACUUGCGGGUUGUCAGUUGUCAGAAACUGUUAGUGAAAUUGCAUGUUAGUCACCUUAAUGAGUGCCUCUACCAAUUUUUUCUUGAGAAAGGGAAUUUUUUAGAAACUUUUAAGGCUAAAUUUUUUUUUCACGCACCUGUUCUGCUGAUCGUGAAAUUGACAGGCUCAUAUGUGAUGUCAUAAGAGAAAUUAAUUCAGGAACUGAUUAUUGGGAUUUUAUGCAUGCCUAUUCCUUUUCUUAGAGUCACCAGUGUUGUUGCGUCUAAUUAUAAUGCAUCUCACCGACACAUGGUUGAUUAAUUAUUCUGGAAUUUCUUUUGUUUGCAGGUUUCAAGUUUAAGAGAAGAAAUUGACAAGCAGAGAUCAAGUCAUGAACUUCUGACAAGAAGCACACAAAAUCAGAUAGAUCAUUUAAAGUCAGCGUUGGAAGAACGAAAAGCAGCAUUUGAUUCUUUGUCAUCAAAACUCUCGUCCGCUGANAUCAGAUGAAAAACUGCUGAUUUUUGCAUCCUUAAUUUCUCCUGCUAAAAUCAUUUUGUUUGAGAAGUAAUAUCAAGCAUUUGACUCAGUGUUUCAUCACCAGAUGAAACACCUCGAAAAUUGUCAAAAAUACUUGCUGGCAUCGUAUUUUCAACUCUCUUCUUGGUGUUUGAUCUGGUGAUGAAACACGGCGUCUCAUGCUUGAUAUAUUACUUGAAAGUCUUUCACUAAGGAAAAUAAAAUUUAAUGUUUUCUUCCUAAUUGAAGUGGAGCACUUAAUGCUUUGUUUUUGGCAAGGAGACCUCAACAAACCACCAGACUUGCGGGUUGUCAGUUGUCAGAAACUGUUAGUGAAAUUGCAUGUUAGUCACCUUAAUGAGUGCCUCUACCAAUUUUUUCUUGAGAAAGGGAAUUUUUUAGAAACUUUUAAGGCUAAAUUUUUUUUUCACGCACCUGUUCUGCUGAUCGUGAAAUUGACAGGCUCAUAUGUGAUGUCAUAAGAGAAAUUAAUUCAGGAACUGAUUAUUGGGAUUUUAUGCAUGCCUAUUCCUUUUCUUAGAGUCACCAGUGUUGUUGCGUCUAAUUAUAAUGCAUCUCACCGACACAUGGUUGAUUAAUUAUUCUGGAAUUUCUUUUGUUUGCAGGUUUCAAGUUUAAGAGAAGAAAUUGACAAGCAGAGAUCAAGUCAUGAACUUCUGACAAGAAGCACACAAAAUCAGAUAGAUCAUUUAAAGUCAGCGUUGGAAGAACGAAAAGCAGCAUUUGAUUCUUUGUCAUCAAAACUCUCGUCCGCUGAGUCUGAAUUGCUUCUUUCAAAGAAAACCAUCUCUGAACAAAAAGUUGUUGUAAAGAAGUUGGGCACUGAACUGCAAGACGAAAAAGAACAGAAGGCCAUGGCAGAAAAACAGCAAAAAAAGAAAUAUAACGAGGUGCUGGAGAAAAACCAAGAGCUAGAAAACAUCAUCAGUGUCCUUGAGCGAAAAAACAAGAGCUUGGAGAAUAAGAUACGGUCUUUAGAAGAGGAUAUGGAGAGAAUGGAAAGACAGUUUGCUGAGAGAGGAAAAGCUAGUGAUCAAAAAUUUCAGGAAGAACUCCUCAGCACAGAAAACAGGCUGCAAAAAGAACUGAAUCAACUGCAGCAAAAGGCUUUAGAAUAUCGAGAAGCUUCAAGGGAGAAAGUGAAGAAGUUAGAGGAAGAUAAGACUGCUUUUGAAGAGGAAAUAAGCAGCUUGAAAUCUCAGUUAGUCUCUCUAAAACUGACAUCAGAUGAGGAACUAAGGAAUACCAAAACAAGAUUAAAGCAGGAGGAAAUAACUCGGUCAAGGCAAUAUGAUGAACAUAUUUCCCAGGUUCAAGCUGCACAGAAUGAGCUACAAAUACAGAGUACAAAACAGCUGGCACAAAUCACAGAUUUGCAGUCACAGCUUAACACAGUAAACAGAGAUAAUGAGGCUUCUAAGAGACAACUGGAAACACUUAAACAACAGCUAGAGCGCAGGGAUGCAGAUUAUAGGAAUGAAGUUAGUCGAUCAAGAAUUGAACUUGAUUCGGAGAGAAAGACACAGGCUGAGCUAAGAGACAAGAUUUCUGACUUAGAGGAUAAAAUCUCUGAUAUGUCCCGAAAACACAAGGAUGCUAUCUCAUUGAAAGAUAAUCAGUUGGAGCUGUUAAAUGAGCAACUGAGAGCCAAAGAAAAUGACAUCAAAAGAAUUCAUGAUGAAGAAAUGAAGAGGGCAGAACUUUUGGAGAAAGCGAUUUAUAGUUAUGUGUCAAGCACAAAAAAUGCCUCUCGACCUGGCUCACCAUACAGAACUUAG